GCAGCACGCGCUGGGCUUGGGCUUUCAGUUCUCGUUCGAAAAGCAUUGCGUUCGGUCGCACCGCCCCCAAGGAUCCCCAGCGCCCAGAGUUAACGACCUACCUCCGCACCGAACAACUCAAACCGAUAAUCAAACGCACAAAUCAAAGCCAGCAAAAAGGCAAUCAUCAUGAUCAAAGCGAAAGACUCGACGUGGCUGUUGCUCAUUUGUCUGCUAAUUGGACAACUCUAUGUGCCCAGCCAAGGAUCCCCGAUAGAAGGAGAUCAAACAGACUAUCAGGAAGAUGACUACGAUUACGGCGAUGAUGGCGCCGAUGACUCAUCGAAGGGCGAUGUUACGGACACCUUGGAUAUCACAAUGCCUCCGCCCUAUUUCGAGGAGAACGAUCUCAAGAUCGAGGCCAAGCCAGGUGACGAUGUGGUGCUCAACUGUGAUGCCCGCAAUUUCCAGCUGAGCAACGCUGUGAUGUGGUACAAGAACAAGACUAUCAUUGCCAAUGGCCAGAAUGCCAUUGGGCAUCGCGUCGAGUGCAUGCCCAACAACUCCAUCGUACUGAGGGACGCCUCCGCCGAGGACUCCGAUGACUACUACUGCGAGAUCCUGCCCCAGAUGGUCCGACAGCACACGACACUGCGGGUGGGCGCCCGGCUGUCGAUCCUCUGCGACGAUCGCGAUGUUACGGAUCGCUCGCAGACGUUCAGGCAGGGCGACCACCACAAGCUCGAGUGUCGGACGUAUCUGCCGGGCGAGAAUACCAUCAAGUGGUCCUUUAAUGGCCUGCGUUUGGAAUCCUCACCCGAGGACAUCAAGAAUGGCGUUGUUAUUCUGGACAACAUUGAUGAGCAAAAUGCUGGCGUGUAUCAGUGCCUGGGGGACGAUGGCAGUCGCUAUCCUCCCCACGGCAUGGUCACUGUUGAUGUUCAGUACAGUCCCAAGGUGUCGACCCAUCGGCAUCAUGUGAACACUGAAGAGGGUCACACCGCGGAACUGUACUGCAACUAUCGGGCCAAUCCCAUUGGCAGGAGUUACUUCAUCAAGGAUGGCAAGACGUUGCAGCUGUCAGAGAAGUAUUCUCUGAAGGAUUCAGCUCACAAUGGCCACAAUCGCACCACGCUUGUCAUCAGGGAAGUGGGAAAAGAGGAUCUGGGCGAGUAUCUGUGCCAGGUGGAGAAUGCCAUUGGCUCUAACGAGGUGAAGGUGCAUGUCAGUUACAAUCCAGAGACCCCUCAGUUCGAGGACAUGAAGGUGGAGGGCACCAAGGUGACCAUGCACUGGCUGGUGAGGAGUCGUCAGCCGCUCUCCGAGGCUAUAUUGGAUUACCAGCUAACGGGGUCCUACACUUGGAGCACGGUCUCGGUGCUGCAGACGCAUCGCCACAACCACACCGAGGGCAUCUGGAAGAUCACACAUCAGCUGGACCUGCCCCGACGCGGCCUGUGGCAUGCUCGCGUUAAGGCGAAGAACACCCAUGGCUGGUCCAAUUUCUCGCCGGAUCACGAUUUCCAAAUCGAGGAAGAUGAUGAAUCUAUUGCUGCCCCCGAUAUGGAUCUGCCGCCGGAGCAGAUCAUGCAGGCGGGCGUUGGCAUUACCCGAGGGGCUGCGUCAGCCCUAAGGCAGCUGCCCGCGAUUACUGUAGCCUGCGGCGUGCUCCUGGCCUCGCUCCUGCUGCGCGUCCGCCUCUAAGGCCCGCCGCCAGACGAUGGGCAGGGGAAGUGUACAUACGUUUUUCCGGAUUACGCACCUAUUAUCGAUGGCAUCGGUGCGAUUGCGACCGCAGGAAUAGGAAACACAGAGAAACUAAAGUAUUCUAAUUAUACAAAUGCUAAUGCGCGCGCCUGCUAGCUUGGGUCAAUGUUAAUGUUAAUGCUAAAACACACACGCUGGAGCGAUCACCACUGAAACAUUUGUGCCAAGCCAGGGAAUUUGGACCGCAGCGGGGAGGAGUAGAAUUGUGGUAGAGGAGUGGCAAUUAAAGUUAAUUUAGUUUAGUUAAAGUUUAAAGUUAAAGUUUGAAGAAUUGACAUUGCAACAAGCCGAAGGGGGAUGUGAAAUUUUUUGAUUAGGACACAAAAACUGCGACGAUCGGUUUAAAACCGCCAAAAAAAACCUUUUUUGAUUAACCUUAGCUAUAAUAUUUAUUUGUUUUGUAUGUAUGCAUGUGAAAGUUGGCACGACGAAGGAGAGAUGGAGAGAAAGAGAGGAGCACAUCCUUGUUACCUGAAACGGAAACGGAAACACGAAUAGGGCCCGAGUCUCGAGGGGCAUAGCUACACUUUCGGGUAACGAUCAAGUGACUUUUUAGGAUUUGCAAUACUUACACAAUAUUUUUGUACAGCCAAGCGUACUUAACGUAACGUACUGGUUAGUGGGGGGUAGAGAUCGAAUGGGCACGCGAAUUAUUUUAUAUACACUAGACCAAAGCUUAGAAAUACACAUGUGUACCAGCGCCACACCAUACAUAUGAAACUUACUUUUACGAAACUACGCCACAUCAACUUGGAACAGAACCGAAACGAACUGGACAAAUCGGGGGAGCGGAGGAUAUACACACUAUAUAGAUAUAUGUGAGAGGGUUUUGUCUUUGAUCCUGCUACAAUACCUGAGGAAUAUCGCCAUAACAUGCUGACCAUAUACACACGCACCGUACGCAUGCGUAUGUGUUACCCAAUUGUGAGUGUAGGAAUAUAUUUUAUAUAUAUUUUAUUUAAGAAUCAUAACAUUAGAGCUGAUCAAUAAACGUGCCAAUUGAAGCAAUCAAGCGAAUCUUAUUGCUCAAAAUCAAAUGAAGAAAUAUGAAAAUAAAAGAAAAAGAAACGUAAAAACAAAAUGAAAGUUCCAUAAACAAAGUUUUGACGAGGACCUGAUUUCGAAUGCCGACCUUUAAGCAUAUACAUAUAUACAGAAUCAUAUAUAUAUAUAUAACGAUAUACUUAAAAGCCAGUGUCUUACAUGAAUAUUGUCGUUUUCGUUGAGUCCAUGGAUAAGCAAACACAAAUAUAAAUAAACUAAACGAA